AUGGUUUCAAGGAGUUCAUCCACAUUCGCCAGAAGUUCGACGAUUUACACGCUGUCGGAGGCAGUGGAGUUGCACGAGUCCGUUCCUCCGGAUCGCUGGUGCAUUACUCGUGCAGAUUUGAAACACUUGCGUCAGGAGGUGCAAAAAGCAAUCGAGAAGGGCGAGAUUUGGCCACCAGAUGACGGCAAAGACGACUUCGAGACCUCUGACAAGGUCUUCGGGCCGAGUGUCUACACGGUCAACACGCAACAUAUCAUGCCUGUGACAGACCGUGUGGGCAAGGUGAGCUGGGCAUUGAUGAUGCACCCUGACGGGUUGGAGUGUCACCUCUUCAUCAGCCACGCCUGGCAGGAAGGUAUCUUCGAGUUCAUCUCGAAGGUUCUGCAUUCCUGGCCGUCGACCGCGCUGCAUGCGUGGUGCUGCAUGCUUGCCAACCCUCAGAACCUGAACAUCGAGGCCUUGCUGCAAGCUCCAAGCAGCUCACCCUUUGCCUUGGCUUUGCAGGCCUCUUCCUGCGUCCUUGUGGUACCCAACCGGCAUUGCAGCAUCUACACAAGGUUGUGGUGUGUGUACGAAGCCUACCGUGCCCAUGAAGAGGGCAAGACGAUCGUCAUCGCACGGGCAUCGAACAGACGACAGCUCUGCCGAACCCUGGUGGCGACGGCCCUGCUAGGACUCUUGGGUAUGGCGGUGGGCGCCUAUGUGAACAACUGGGAUGUUCCCGCCAUGAACCCCAUCCCUCUUUGCCUCGCCUAUGUGAGCAUGUUGGCCAGCAUCAGUCUGAACCAAUACCAGUGCCGCAUGAUCUUGAACAGGGCAGGUGCCUUCAUGUGUGGCUGUCUGGUCGUGCUCUGGCGUCCAAUCUGCCACACAAGCAUUGUUCAAGACUGCGCCAACCUUCUUCAGCGCAUCUGCUGGAUCAUUGGCGUGACGCUCUUUCUAUGCUUGGAGGUCGAUCGGGAGAAUGGCAGAGCACGAGAAGGGGAGUCAGCACAGCUGGGCUCUGGAUUUCAGGGCAGCGUUAUUCACGCAACUUGUUCCGUGGCCGAGGAUGCGGCACGCAUCCAUGCUGAAAUAGGGGAUAAGACCGCUGACGUGGAUUAUGCGAUCCACGUGCUCCUUGCUGCCGGGAUGUCGUCUGAGACACUCAGGGAAGUGGCGCGUGCUGGCGUAGACAUUUCUGGAGCGGGCCAUGCUGAGAUAGCUCUUCCAUUCUUCGUGUUCGCGACCAGCUUCGUUACUCUCUGUCGAGUUUACUUCGAUGUUCAUCACCUUCAUGCAGCCUGGUACUUCUUGCUUGAGCAGUGCGCAUCGCUCUUGGCAAGGGCUGCCUUGCUCGUCCUUCUCUGUCGCAGCCCGCAGGAGGACCGAUGCUUCAUCUUGAAGAUGACGACAAAGCUGACGACGAUCUACCUCCUUCUGUGUUGUCCAGCCAUCGUCAUCUUGCAACUUCGGGCUCCAGAUGGGGUGGGGCAGAGUUGGCAAGGACGGGCAGUUUGGUCCGUUUUGAUCACGAUCGCCUUCACCUUGUGCUUGGGAUUCGCUUCUUUGGGCAUGCGCCGGGUCGCGUCACUGCGGCGGAUUGGACCGGGGCUGCUGCAUCUCUUCCUCACGCCGGGACGGAAGGUCUGCAGAUGUAGCCGAGGCAGCGGUGGCUGA